AUGUCAUUUGAUGAUCAAAAGGGUUUACAAAUUGCUUAUGAAGAAGCUGUAAAAGGUUAUGAAGAAGGUGGUGUUCCAAUUGGUGGAUGUUUAAUUCAUGAAGAUGGUAGAGUUUUAGGUACAGGACAUAAUAUGAGAUUUCAAAAAAAUUCAGCAACAUUACAUGGAGAAAUCAGUACUUUGGAAAAUACAGGUAGAUUAAAUGGAUCAGUUUAUAAAAAAUGUACUAUAUAUACAACAUUAUCACCAUGUGAUAUGUGUACAGGUGCUAUAAUUAUGUAUGGUAUCAAGAGAUGUGUUAUUGGAGAAAAUGAAACAUUUAUGGGUGGUGAAGAUUAUUUAAGACAAAGAGGUGUUGAAGUUAUAAAUUUAAAUGAUCAAAGAUGUAAAGAUAUUAUGAAUAAAUUUAUUAAAGAAAGACCAAGUGAUUGGAAUGAAGAUAUUGGUGAAGAAACUGAUUUAUCUAAAAUUAAUUGUGAUUGUAAACAUUAA